AUGGGAGGGUGUGUCAGUGCAACUCCUGAGGAGAGAGAGGCAAAAACUCGAAGCUCAGUUAUCGACCGACAGCUGCGACAUGAUGCACGGCAAUACGACAACACAAUCAAGAUCCUCUUACUGGGUAUCAUGCCUGUCUGGGCUGGGGAGUCAGGGAAGAGUACAGUGGUGAAACAGAUGAAGAUAAUCCACGGGGAUGGUUACAGUCAGUCUGAACUCCGAAGUUUCAAGUCGGUAAUCUACGGCAACCUGGCAGCCUCGAUGAGAGUGGUUGUGAAUGCAAUGGACAAACUCGGCAUCCUGUAUGGCAGUCAGGCCAGCCAGGAACAGGCUCGUGUCAUCCUGAGCCUCUCCAACUCCCUCUCAUCCUAUGAGGCUUUUCCUCCCGAAGUCACCACUGCCUUCAUCAGUCUCUGGAGAGACGCUGGUGUCCAGGAGUGCUUCAGUCGGGCCUACGAAUACCAGCUGAACGACUCCGCCCCAUACUAUUUCCAGAACAUGGAUAGACUGUUGAGAGACGACUAUGUACCAGACGAACAAGAUGUCCUCCGGUCUCGAGUCCAGACCACCGGCAUCAUCGAGACCUCGUUCCGUGUCAAGCAGCUCACUUACAGAGUGGUGGAUGUCGGAGGUCAGAGGUCAGAGAGACGAAAGUGGAUCCAAUGUUUCGACGAUGUGAGAGCAGUUCUGUUUGUGUGUGCCCUAAGUGGGUACGACAUGACGCUUUUUGAAGACGGCAAGACUAACCGGCUGGAGGAGAGUCUGAACCUGUUCCAGGCCAUCUGCAACAACAAGUUCUUUGUCAAGACCUCCAUGAUUCUGUUCCUGAACAAGGCAGAUCUAUUCCGAGACAAGAUCACCAACUCUGACCGUCACUUGCGUAUCUACUUCACCCAGUACACAGGUCCAGAUCGGGAUGUGGAGGCGGCCAGUAGGUUUAUUCAGACUGAGUUCAUGGAGCGAAAUCUCAACAAGCAGAAGAUUAUAUAUCCUCACCUCACCACGGCAACCGACACCACCAACAUCAAGGUGGUGUUUGGCGUUGUCCUGGACACUAUCAUUCGUGAGAACCUGGAGGCGGCCAACUUGCUGUGAACUGCGCAGCAGCUGCCACGCGCAUCUCUAGCCCCUUUCUGUGUCCACUGCUCUCGUGAUAUACUAUAGACUCCCCACUGACACACUUUUCUCCUAGAUUUAUAGUCGACUUAAUGAUUCACAGGCUGUUACUGAGUGUUCGCGUGAAGAUAAAAUUGUGUAUUUUUAGCAGAGGUUUAAUUUUCUGGGUGUGUGUCAAGUGUUGUUGUGUGUGUUUUUGUUUGUUAUGCACUAAUUACUUGUUACAGUGUAAGAGAUAGUGGCUUUUUUGCAUACCAAUUCUCUUCUUUUGUAAUCGAUGGUGUAUAUUAUUACAAAUCAAAAGAAUGUUUCAUCGUCAA